CCUGCCCCGUGGUGCUGCUGCUGCUGGUGGUGGUAGUGGUGGUGCUGGUGGUGCUGCUGCUGGUGGUGCUGGUGGUGGUAGUGGUGGUGCUGCUGGUGCUGCUGGUGGGAGUGGUGCUGGUGCUGGUGCUGCUGGUGGGAGUGGGGGUAGUGGUGCUGGUGGUGCUGCUGGUGCUGCUGGUGCUGGUGGUGCUGGUGGUGGUGCUGGUGGUGGAGGUGGUGCUGCUGCUGGUGCUGGUGGUGCUAGUGGGAGUGGGGGUAGUGGUGCUGGUGGUGCUGCUGGUGCUGGUGGUGGUGCUGGUGGUGGAGGUGGUGCUGCUGCUGGUGGUGGUGGUGCUGUUGGUGGUGCUGGUGGUGGAGGUGGUGCUGGUGGUGGAGGUGGUGCUGCUGCUGGUGGAGGUGGUGCUGGUGGUGGUGCUGGUGGUGGAGGUGGUGCUGCUGCUGGUAGUGCUGCUGCUGGAGGUGGUGCUGCUGGAGGUGUUGCUGCUGCUGCUGGCUGUGGUAGUGGUGGUGACGCCGAGCGAGUGGGGGGGAGGAGGAGGAGGAGGCGGCGGGGUGAGAGUCGCGAGAGAGGCGUGGGGGGAGAGGUGCAGCAGCAGCAGCAGCAUCAUCAGCAGCAGCAGCAGGAGGAGUAAGCAGGCGGCGGUCAUGGCGCUCAACCUCGACAAGAACCGCACCGCUCUGCUCGCGGCCUACGAGGAUGUGUGCAGCGAGAAGUCGUCCACCAGCUGGGCUCUCUUCAGUUAUGAAGGGAAUACAAAUGACCUCAAGCUGGUUAUGUGCGGAGCAAACGGUCUGGAGGAGAUGGUGGAGGAGCUCAAUAGCGGCAAGGUGAUGUACGCCUUCUGCAAGGUUAAAGACUCAAAGGCUGGCCUCUGCAAAUACGUCCUCAUCAAUUGGAUCGGAGAGGGAGUCAGCGACGGGAGGAAGGGCACUUGUGCCAACCACGUCAACUCCGUGGGCAACUUCUUCAAGGGGGCUCACGUGACGAUAAACGCUCGCGCGGAGGAGGACGUGGAGCCCGAAGUGAUCAUGGAGAAGGUGGGCAAAGCAGCCGGCGUGACCUUCGGCCUCCAGCAGGAGAACUCCUGCUUCGUGGACAACGCGCCUCGGAAGCCCGUGGGCUCUGUAUAUCAGAAGACCAAUGCUGCUGUGGAGAUCAAACGGGUGAAAAACGACGGCUUCUGGGCGAGGGCAGAGCGCGAGGAGAAGCUGCGCAAGGAGGAGGAGCGCCUGCGGGCGGAAGAGCAGCGCAAGCGCGAGGAGGAGGAGCGGCAGGAGCGCGAGCGUCAGGAGGCGGGCGAGCGGGAGCGGCGCUUCCUGGAGAAGGCGCGCGAGAUCGACGAGCUCAAGAAAUAUCAAGAAAAGGCCGAUUCAGAGGACAGAAGUAAAGAAAAACAGAAAUGGGAGCAAGAGGAGAACGAUUAUCAGCAGCGAAUGCGCCGUGGCUACAAGAAGAGCGAAUCGGUGGAGAAAGCAGCCGAAGCAGCCACGGUCAUCCAGCAGAGGUCGCUGAACCCGCGCGAGAUCUUCAAGCAAAAGGAGCGCGCGAUGUCGUACGACCACACCACGCCGACCCCCUACUCCCCCGGGAAACUGAAGAGCCCGUUCCUGCGGAAGGAGGGCAGCCUCCCAGCCUGGGAGUGCAGCGCGCCACGCGGCACGGGCAAAGUCUCUCCUACAGUGUUCGAGAUUCCUGAGUUCGAGGCAUCGACGGACGUGGACUCGCACCGACCGGCCGACAAACGGCAGGCGGUGUCGCCGGAGCGUUCGGCCCGGCAGACGUCCCCUCCCCGGGCGGCUCCUGCUGCUCCUGCUGCUACUGCUGCUGCGUCUCCGCCGUGGCAGAGUCGCUCCGAGAGCCGGGCCCCAGCGGCAGAGAAAAGGGCGGCUUCCCCGCCACCGUCGAUAUCGGCGUCGCCUCCGCCGUCGCCACCGCAGCCGAAGAAGCAGUUGCCGCAGCAGCAGCAACAGCCGCAGCAGCAGCAACAGCCGCAGCAGCAGCAACAGCCGCAGCAGCAGCAGCCACUGAAGCAGAAGGCAUCGCCGACACGCGCUCCGCAGAUCAACGACGUGCAGGCCACACCAGCAGCUGCCGCCCCUCCAGCUGCCGCCCCUCCAGCUGCCGGCCCUCCAGCAUCGCCGCAGACGUCGCCACUGUCGCCGGCGGGCCGCACGGGCACAGCAGCCGUGCUGCAGAAGGCCCAGGCCCUGUGGAGGCCCGAGGAGGAAGAGCAGGAGCGGCCUGACGACAACGACUGGGAUGACGAGCACCAGCCGGCGGCGGACGCGUACUACCCGCACCAGGUCGGCAACAACAACAACAACGGCACGGAGCGUCCCGCGCACGUCGAGCAGCCCGGCCAGGACACGGCACAGACGGACCCGUCCGGCUACUACUACUCGCAGUACCAGGAACAGCCGACCUACCAGCAGGACGGAUACCAGCAGGAGUCUGCCGACGGCUAUCCGACGGAGCAGUACGACCUGGAGGGCAAAGGGCAGUGCGCCCGUGCCCUCUACGACUACCAGGCCGCGGACGAGACGGAGAUCACCUUCGACCCCGAUGACCUCAUCACGCACAUCGACCAGAUCGACGAGGGCUGGUGGCGCGGCUACGGGCCCGACGGACGCUACGGCCUCUUCCCAGCGAACUACGUCCAACUCCUCAACUGAGCCGCCCCCCUCCCCCCCUCACCGCGGCGGCCACACGCUAAGUUAAACAAUUAAGUCGGCUUUUGUCGGCGUACGAGAAAUCUAGAAUAGUAAACGGGCGCGACGACGACGCCGCCACGACCAAACUGUUACUCCGCUCCGAUGCUCUUGGCAUGCAAGCAUGGUCUGAGCCCCGGGCAAGCCGAGUUUGUCGCAAGCAAUCCAAGCCGGUGUUAAAUCGUUCCGACGCGUCACAUUCCACGGCGGUUAAGUAGAGAAUUGUGUUAUUUUUACGCUGUCGGCUGCCGCUUGCUUGUUUUUGGGGUCUAGUGUCGGCGCGCACCGCUACGGUUUGCGUUUUCUUAAUUGUUGAGCCUGGCAUUACUUUCUGGCUCGUGUGUUGGUAUUUUUUUUUCUACUUUACUUUCAUAUAUAAAAUGUGUUACGCCCACUCCGUUUUAAGUGUUUUCACGUAAGUGGCCCUGAUUGUUGAUGAUGUCUUUGUAUGAAUUCCAUGGCCAAAUAAUUAAACAACACUAUGCAUUUAAA